AUGAUUGCCACCACUCCCAUUCCCCUCACAACAACAUUCUCUCCACCAGCAGCAUGCACGACCGAUACAUGGCUCAUCGAAUAUGUCUCCGGAACGGACUACUACGACACGGUAAUAACCGGCACGGAUACUAGCUGGUGGAUGAGUCUGGGUCCUAAGGAGACGGGAUCUUGCUUUCCUUCGGGAAAUUACACGGCCAACAGAGACAGUACCAGGCUAGCCUGGUACACACACAACGUGUGUACGUCCUACAAUGCCUACUCAGAUCAACUCUGGACCUUCACCAAAGCCGGGACGACUUCGAGCACGGUACGAGCGGACGGGAUCAACGCCCAAGGCAUUUCCAUCCGCUGGAAAGCCGGCGACUUCGCACCGCAAACAACAACAGCCGGCACCAUUACCAGCAGUCCCACCAACGAACCCACAGCUCAAGCUUCAACGCAUACGGCAAGCAGCGAGCUCUCCACCGGGGCCAAGGCCGGGAUCGGGGUAGCUGCUGCAGUGGGCGCAAUAAUGAUGGUCGCAAUAGGGAUCUUGAUCUGGAUGGUCCGACGCAAGAAUAAGAGGUCAGAGGAGGCAGAAAGGUUUAUGGCCAAUUAUGGUGCUGGAAGUGAUGUUUCCACGGUGCCUGCGAGGACAACAGAGCCAGCCGAGUUGAGCAAUACUGCGAUUUAUCUACUACACAUGGACUGUCUCUGUUACGUCACCUACAUAGGCGGCGAUAGUACAUCAGGGCCAUUCCGUGAACGUCGCGUCAAGCUGGCGAAUAAUGUUAAGACACCUCAAGAAAUGACUUCCCAGCUUUUGCAACUCAACUAUCUAGACUAUAAGGGAAUAACAUCCAAUCUCGCCAGACACAACUUGCUUGUGUCUUGGACAUUUCUCGAUAUGACAGCAAGAUUCGAACUGAACACGGGUGCCGAAAUCCCAGCGAUUGGAUUUGGUAUCUGGCAAGACGAGAAUAAACAAAAAGAAGCUGUUGUAGAAGCCAUCAAAGCCGGAUACAGGCACAUUGACACCGCAAGAGUGUGA